CAGCAGCAUUGAAGCAGAGCCGUCAGCUGGAGCAGACCUGAGUGCAGACCAGAGUUGUGAAUGUGAAAAUACAGAGCUAUGUUUCCCCAUGCAAGACGGGAUUCUGAAGAGCCUGAGAGCACACCAAUGGAGGAAGAAGCCCUAGUGUAUAACUUUGAGGAUGAGGAGCCAGAGCUCAUUGCUUCACAGAGGAGCUAUACUCAAGAACUGAGUUCAGCAAGUGAUUCACAUGGGAAGAAAAGUCCUAUAGAACUGUUUGUAGAUGUGGGGGAAAAGGUAGAGUGUAUUCUUGGAAAACUUGGAGGUGAAAUUAACCGUGCUCUUAAUGCUAAGAGACUAAGAAUGGAAACAAAUACCAGAAUGUCUUUUGAAGGAAUUGACCAGAAAAUGCAACAAGCUUGGAACUCACAUGAAGAUGCAGUGGCAAAGCUUAAUGAAGACUCUGCUCAGUCAUUUAUGACUCUGUUUGAGCAAUGGAAUUUGGAUUUUAAGAAAUUUCGAGAAAAACAUGAAAAACUAAUGAAUGAUUUUCAACAUGAAGAAAAGAUUUUUCAACAAUGUAGACUUAUUCAGAACCAGAGACUGAGAACAAUUAAACAUGUACAUGAACAGUUCUUAAAGAAUCUGGAAGACUUGGAGAAGAAGAAUGAUAUGCUGUUUCUUAGUACCAGGAAUGAACUUAAAGAAGAAAUGAAUAAGCUGCGAAGAAAAAUUAUGAAAGAAUCUCAACAGCAAGAGAUGGUUAAUGUUCGACAGUCUCUUCAGUCCAUGCUGUUUUGAUGGGAAGAAUAUUUGGAGAAGGAACUUAAACCUAAGUGAUACAUUCAAAUGUCAGCUUUCAGAUAAAUUCUAGUUUAAAUGGCAAGGUCUUUAGUCAUUAACCUGUUCACCUUGUCCUACUUUAUUUUGAAUAAAAUCCAGUUAUGUUGAGUAUCAACUAUUACUGUAUGUCAAGGUUUUGACUCUUUUGUUAUAA